GCUGCUGCUGGAAAGAGGGAGGGAGGAACGGGGACGGCUGGACUCCAUUAGCCGAAGCCCGAGGAAACACUUUGGGAUACUUCACUUCGGCGAGUUCUUGUUUUUUUCUUUUUAAAAAACAUCUUUAUACAUGGUGUGAUAGGGACCUGGACUUGUUGAAUAUCGUACGGUCGACAGUUUUUGCGCUUUUGCUCUCUGGGUUUGGUGUAUUUCUGAAGGAUGGCGCUGGACGGGAUCCGAAUGCCCGAUGGCUGCUAUGCCGACGGGACAUGGGAACUGAAGAUGCAUGUCACCGACCUCAAAAGGGACGUGUCUUUGAGGGUGACUGGGGAAAUCCAUAUCGGUGGUGUCAUGCUGAAACUAGUUGAGAAACUCGAUGUGAAGAAGGACUGGUCGGACCACGCUCUUUGGUGGGAGAAGAAGAAGACCUGGCUGUUGAAAACCCACUGGACGCUGGACAAGUACGGCAUCCAGGCGGACGCCAGGCUGCUCUUCACGCCGCAGCACAAGCUCCUGCGCCUGCAGCUGCCCAACAUGAAGCACAUGAAGGUCAAGGUCAACUUCUCCGACCGUGUCUUCAAGGCCGUCUCGGACAUCUGCAAAACCUUCAAUAUCCGGCACCCAGAGGAGUUGUCUCUUCUGCGUAAACCCCGCGAUCCGAAGAAGAAGAAGAAAAAGCUGGAGGAGGCAGAGGAGGAGGCUCUAGAGCUGGAGGGUCCCAUGCUGACGCCUGGAUCAGGAAGCAUCUACUCCAGCCCGGGUCUCUACAGCAAGACCAUGACCCCCACUUAUGACUCUCGGGAUGGCAGUCCCCUGUCCCCCACCACCGCAUGGUUCGGCGACAGCCCCCUGUCCGAGGGGAACCCCAGCAUCCUGGCCGUCAGCCAGCCCAUCUCCUCCCCGGACAUCCUGGUGAAGCUCUACAAGCCCCAGUCCCUCCUAGACAAGGCCAAGAUCAACCAGGGCUGGCUGGACUCCUCCAGGUCUCUGAUGGAGCAGGACGUGAAGGAGAACGAGGUGCUGCUUCUCCGGUUUAAAUACCACAGCUUCUUUGACCUAAACCCCAAGUAUGAUGCCAUCCGGGUCAACCAGCUCUAUGAACAGGCCAAGUGGGCCAUCCUGAUAGAGGAAAUUGAGUGCACCGAGGAGGAAAUGAUGAUGUUUGCUGCCCUGCAGUACCACAUCAACAAGCUGUCCAUCAUGUCCUCGGACCACCACAUGAACAACAGUGAGAAGGAGGUGGACGAGGUGGACGCCGCCCUGUCGGACCUGGAGAUCACCCUGGAGGGAGGCAAGACCUCCAACACGCUGGGUGAUAUCACAUCCAUCCCAGAGCUAGCCGACUAUGUCAAGAUCUUCAAGCCCAAGAAACUGACGCUGAAGAGUCACAAGCAGUACUGGUGCACGUUCAAGGACAUCACCGUCUCCUGCUACAAGACCAAGGAAGAGGCGCACGGCACCCCGGCUCUCCAGAUGAACCUCAGAGGCUGUGAGGUAACUCCAGAUGUCAACAUCUCCGGUCAGAAAUUCAACAUCAAGCUGCUAAUCCCCGUGGCGGACGGCAUGAAUGAGAUCUGGCUACGGUGUGACAUGGAGAAGCAGUAUGCCCACUGGAUGGCGGCGUGUCGCCUGGCCUCCAAGGGGAAGACGAUGGCGGACAGCUCCUACAACCUGGAGGUGCAGAACAUCCUGUCCUUCCUGAAGAUGCAGCACAUGAACCCCGACCCCCAGUACAUCGCCGAGCCCAUCACCACCGACAUCAACCCCGAGUGCCUGGUGUCGCCCCGCUACCUGAAGAAGUACAAGAACAAGCAGCCAGGCUUUAUCAGGGACUUGAUCUCGGCCAGGAUCCUGGAGGCCCACCAGAACGUUGCCCAGAUGAGUCUGAUCGAAGCCAAGAUGCGCUUCAUCCAGGCCUGGCAGUCGCUGCCCGAGUUUGGCAUCACACACUUCCUCGCCAAGUUCCAGGGCGGGAAGAGGGAGGAGCUUAUCGGCAUCACGUACAACCGUCUGAUCCGCAUGGACGCCAGCACCGGCGAUGCCAUCAAGACGUGGCGCUUCAGCAACAUGAAGCAGUGGAACGUCAACUGGGAGAUCAAGAUGGUGACGGUGGAGUUUGCGGACGAGCCCAGCCUGGCCUUCAUCUGUGCCGAGGUAGACUGCAAGGUGGUGCACGAGUUCAUCGGUGGAUACAUCUUCCUGUCCACGCGCGCCAAGGACCAGAACGAGUCCCUGGACGAGGAGAUGUUCUACAAGCUCACCAGCGGCUGGGUCUGAGGGGUCAGGGGUCAAGGUGCUAGCGGUCGGGGGGGGGGGGGGGGGGGGGAAGGCUGGGGUGUUAAGAAAUAUCUAUUCUAUUGUAUUCUUAUUUCCUGGCGUGUGUGAUUUUUGUUUAUUAUGACGCUUGCAGAGUCUGACAAAAAGCUUUGCCACUUUUUUGGUUCAUUUCCGAUCCCUAACAUCCUGUUUGCUAAAACACUAAAGAUGGCCGCCUAACACAGUCCGGAGGACCUCUGUCACCACCAACCCAACCAUCACAACCUCCACUUUGCUAGGACCUGCCUUAACAACCUCUGGACGAUACGACGUUUGUUGUUUUUAACCCCUCCACCGUAUUCACCUGCCGUUCUCCUGUGCCUCCUGUUGGUGGAAUGGUUGCCCUGACAACCAGUAGAAUCCAGUCCCAUGGCCGGAAUCCUUUUCGAUGCCAAAGACUUCCUUACCCCUCUUUCUAAUUCCUAUAUUUUCUCUCUCUCUCACUCUAUCCACUCUGUCCCAGCUUCUCUUUUGGUCUUUUCAACUGGACCAAAGGGAGCAGAUGUCCACCUUCUAUAGCAACACACACACACACACACACACACACACACACACACACACACACACACACACACACACACACACACACACACACACACACACACACACACACACACACACACACACACAGCUCUGACCCUCCGCUCUAUGAAGGAUGAUUUUGACGUUAUUAUCUCGAGAUCAUAUGAAGGCGCAUGUAAGCACUUCUAUCAUUUAGACCAGAACCCCGAAUGAAUAAGCUGUAGUCGGUAUUUGAAGUUAGUUUUUUUUGAGAUUUGUCCUUGUGCUUUGUUCUCGACCGAACGUGUCCAUGUUAGUAUCGAAGCGGUGGAUUUUCUCUGGGUCGAGUCGUUGCUCUGCAGCUCGUCUCAACGCAAAAGAAGAUACUUGAAGAGUUUAAACCGAGCCCUCCCCCUCCUAAUUUCAGUCUCAACCGACGUGACGAUAGUUAGACGUUAUUAAAAACACAAAAGAUCCGUGACACUAGCGUGCAACCUCGCAUAUCCAUAUGCCACUGUUUUUGUGGUUUCUGGUUUAAUUAGUCAACAGUCAGUUUCCACGUGUCGAGCAAUCAAAAUAACAGCAUUUAUUUCCUUGUUGAAAGAGUUUUUUUUGCUUUUUUUUUUUUUUGGGAAUGCAAAAUCUGAAAUGGUGGCCAUAGGAAUCAGUGGUGUGAAAUAUAGGGAGGGAUAUUUAGAACCUGUGCUCGAUCCUUUCGCCAUUUUGGAGAUGUCCGUUACCAAUAGCAUGUGGUGCAUUGCCUUGUUCAAGCACUGUGAUGUCUGUGCUCCUCAGUGCAUGUAAACUAGCCCACAGUCUGUAUAACAUUGCGCCGCCUCACCUUUUAACUGCCAUUGUUUGGUCCUUACACCGUAUAGUAUUAUUAGUAUUAUUAUUGUUAUUAUUAUUAUUUUAUCUUAUCACACACCAGCAAAAAGGUCACCCAAGUUUUUUUGAAGAAGGAAUAUAUACAAGUAUUUUUUUGUUCAUUUCUCGCUCAUCCUCAGUGUGAAAGAACAGUAAAAUGAAGUGUUAGUUUUUUGUAACUAAUGUAAAAACAGGUUUUAUAGAAUUGUACAGAUGUUUCAUUUGUUGCUGCUUCUUUUUUCUUUCUCUGGGUUUUUUCGGAAGUGUACUCUUGCAGGAAGAAAAAAAAGAUGGGGGGGGGGGGGGUGUAGUUUGUGGCCAUUGUGUAGUACCUCUGUGCCUGCAAAUGUUGUUGUCUUGUUUUUGAGUUUCAGAUGAAGAAAUAUAUAAAUCUAUAUGAAGAUGACAGGUCUCAAACUCCAGGUUUCUAGGAUUUUACGAAGAUUGUUCGUCCUCAAUACAUUCGUUGAUCGUUUUAUUUUGAAAUGUCGAUAUUUCUCACACCUUUUUAAUUGUGCUCAGUGUCGUCGUCUCUACUUACAAACAUAAUUUGUCAUUCUGUUUUGUACUUAAACGUCUGUGGCAGUCAGUUGCCCCUUCGCUCUCACUAUAUGAACUAUCAAUGUUUAGACGCAUUCGCUUUUCAAAUAUUCUUCGCUAAAUUUAUAAACGUAUCACGUUAAGUUUCAGGGUUUCAUCACGGUUGAUAAGCACGCCAUUGGUUUCUACCCUGGAGUUUGAGACGAAGCGGUUGAUACAAACAGAAGAGAAACACGAGCCUAGCCUAUGGUGUUUAUGCUCUCUCUGGUCGUGUAUUCGUUGGCCUUCCUGUGUUCACCGCAGCAGUGCAUGGCCUGUUGUGCUGACUGUAAAAAUGCAUUUAUUUUAAAAAAUAAAAAUAAUUUUUAUUUAA